UGAAUGUACCCCAUACGUGGAGAUAGUGAAAGCAACCGCAAUUUGAUUGGUCUCCACAACAUUAUUUUUUUCACCGGCGGGAGCUGUGGAGCAACCAUCACGAAAAAAGCGAGUGCAAAUGAACAGUGCAAACUCAAGAAGUAGGGAGAGUGAAUGGUCAACGAGUGUUAACUCUGCAAGGUGGUUGAUUGGAUUGUAGAUUUACCUUGGAAAUGGACAGUGACAGUGCCAAUGAUGUGCAGGCAGAGCUGGACUCUGUGGAGGCAGAGCUGGAGGUGGUGGAGCUGCAGAUAGCUGAGCUGCUGGAGAAGCAGGCUAGCCUGACCUCCAGGAGGAAACGGCUGCUCCGCAAGCUGGAGGAGGCAUGUGACUCCGCCCAGCCCUCUGGAUCCUCCUCAGGCUCUGGAGCUGGCCCUGCAAUGACCAAGCAGGAGCUGCUGCGCUAUGAGAAUGAUGAUUUCUCGUGGUCUACAGAGCUGCAGCAGAAUCUGAAGGAUGCGUUCCAGCUCUCUAAGUUUCGUUCUCUCCAGCUGAAGGCCAUCAACCUUAGUAUGUCUGGUAAAGACCUCUUCCUAGUGAUGCCCACUGGACGAGGGAAAAGCCUCUGCUAUCAGCUACCUGCAGUCUGCUCUGAGGGUUUCACUCUGGUCGUAACUCCUCUAGUUUCUCUGAUGGAGGAUCAGCUCAUGUAUUUAAAGUCCAUUGACGUUGACGCCGUCUCUCUCAACGCAUCCAGCAGUAAGGAACAUGCUAAAAUGGUCCUAGCGGGGAUGACGGACACCAAAUCGCUUUUCAAGCUGCUGUAUGUGACUCCAGAGAAGAUAGCGAAGAGCAAGCUGCUGAUGUCGAGGCUGGAGAAGGCCUACAACGCAGGAAGGCUUAGCCGUAUUGCUGUGGACGAGGUGCACUGCUGCAGCCAGUGGGGACACGACUUCAGACCUGACUACAAGCUCCUGGGGAUCCUGAAGAGGCAAUUCCCAAAGGUUCCAUUGCUAGGGCUGACUGCCACAGCAACCAGCAGUGUUCUAAAGGACUGUCAGAAGAUCCUGUGUGUCCCUGAGCCAGUCACACUCACUGCCUCCUUCAACCGCACCAACCUCUACUACGAGGUACUUCUUAAAGACUCGAACAGUGUUGAUUCAAUCAGUGACAUUUCAGCACUGAUCAAAGAGAGAUAUAAGGACCAGUCAGGGAUAGUGUACGUGUUUUCCCAGAAGGAUGCAGAAACGGUGUCAACAGACCUACAGAAGAAAGGCAUCAAUGCAUAUCCAUACCACGGUAACAUGAAUCCAGAGGACAAGUCACGGGUUCACCGCAAAUGGGCCAACAACAAGAUCCAGGUGGUGGUAGCUACUGUGGCGUUUGGGAUGGGGAUCGACAAGCCUGACGUCAGAUUUGUCAUCCAUCACACCAUCAGCAAGUCCAUAGAGAACUACUAUCAGGAGAGCGGACGAGCAGGCAGAGACGAUAAGCCGGCUGACUGCAUUGUGUACUUUGGCUUCAACGACAUCUUCAGGAUCAGCACCAUGGUUGUCAUGGAGAAUGUAGGACAACAGAAGCUGCUGACCAUGGUCGACUACUGUCAGAACGUAGACAGGUGUCGGCGCUCAGUGAUCGCUGUUCACUUUGAUGAGGUUUGGGAUAAUGAAGGAUGCAACAAGAUGUGUGAUGUCUGUCGCCGUGGCAAUGACUACAUCACGGUGGACAUCACGCAGCAUGCUAAAGAUGUGGUCCAGAUUGUGGAGCUGGCGGGCUCUCUGGACGAGAAGCUGACCCCCCUGAAGGUGACUGAGGCGUGGAUGGGGAAGGGUCCGGCCAAACGCAGGAAGAUGAUCCAGACCACCACCUUGUCUCGCCUGGAGGUGGAGGCCAUCAUCACAAGCCUAUUGCUGCAGGGAUAUCUCAGUGAAGACUUCAGUUUCACUCCAUACACUACCUACUUCUACCUGAAGCUGGGUCGUAAGGCCCCAAUGCUGAAGAACCAGAGUCACUCCAUCACCAUGAAGAGGAGGAGGACAGGCCUGGAAGCAAACACGGAGGACCAAUUAGCUGGUGGAGCUAAAGAGGUGGUGGUGACCUCCCAGUCCCCUCCUCCCGUUGCCCCCAACGACAGCAGCACUCCCCCUCCCAGACACAACAAACUGAUCAAGAUGCAUAAAGAGCAGCAGAAUCUGGCCAGGAAACGAGACGAGAACCAUGACCAGACAGAAAGCCAGACACGGGAGGACCAGAAUGACCCUGCUGCUGCCCAGCCCACUGCCAUUGAAGUAGACGUAGAGAUCAAUAUUGUAGAGAAAGUUAAUGACAGCGAAUCCCCAUUACCGCCAUUAAAACGCAAUUCUAAACCUAAAUCAACAACUCCUCAAAAGAAGCGGAGGAAACCCUGUACUGCUGCUCUUGCUGCAGUCCUAGCUCCCUCAGAAGCUGUGGUUACAGACUCUGAACACCAGAGGCCAGCAUUGGUCAACUCUCCCUCCCAGGUCUCCAUCUCCGAGGCUGCAGUGGAGGAGCUCUGUGACCUGAGGAACUACUACAGCAAACAGCUGAGGCAGAUAAACAACAUUUCCCAUGAGUACUUGCAGAAUCAGGGGUGCUCAGUCGGGGUGCUGGCCUGUAUCAGAGAGCCACUAAAGAGCCUGCACAUCCCCCGUGGCUCAACCAUCGCCCGGACGGCACGCAACCUGUGGAACCGAGUCAGCUCCAGAAGGAAACUCAUGCAAAGAUGACCAUUGACCUUCCCUGGGACAGUUGCCGUUCAAAUAUGGACACUCCUGUAUCUCUCUUUUCCAGGUUUCACGUUGCCAGACCUAGAGCCCUGGGGCAGACAAGUCUACUUUCUUUUUGUAACACCUGUUCUAUUUUUCUGGACUGAGAGAAUAUCCCCAUCCAAGUUAAUUUGAGAUUGUAAUAUUUUACUGUUGGAUCAAUACCACUUGUUCGCCUAAGAUAAAGAAUGAAGAGAUGGUUUUGUUUUGGAUAAACUUACCACACGUGAACUGAAAGGUUAGUUUGAACUGAAUAAUGUUUUCACAAUGUAUUAUUUGUAAAUAUAUAUUAGAGCAUUCCCUAAUCUAACAGCCACAAUGUGCACGUUCAUGAAUUUGAUUCGCUCUAAUACGUUUUAUAAUACUGCGCUGCAGCUUUGAGAAGGUCCAUUCACAUUUGUGGAGCACAGUAUAAUCUUUAGCUAUCAUUAAUAAACAUUGAUUUAAAAUAGAAA